ACAGUCAUAUGAUUCGUACUGAUCGAGUGAAAAUAAAAUGCAAAGCUGCGGGGCUAGAGUGGUCGGUCUUUCAUCCUGAAUGAUAUGUAAAGACACGACAUGGAGGAGAUAAGGGUGUCUCCUGACUACAACUGGUUCAGAAGCACAGUUCCGCUGAGACGAAUUAUUGUGGAUGAUGAUGACAGCAAGGUGUGGUCGCUGUACGAUGCUGGGCCCAAAAGCAUCAGGUGCCCAAUCAUCUUCCUGCCGCCAGUCAGCGGGACAGCGGAGGUGUUCUUCCAGCAGGUGCUGGCUCUGACAGGCUGGGGUUACAGGGUGAUCUCGCUCCAGUAUCCAGUGUACUGGGAUCUCCUGGAAUUUUGCGAUGGAUUCAGGAAGCUGCUGGAUCAUUUACAAUUGGACAAGGUCCACCUGUUUGGUGCUUCUCUCGGAGGUUUCUUGGCCCAGAAGUUCGCAGAGUGCACACACAAAUCUCCCAGAGUUCACUCUCUUAUCCUGUGUAAUUCGUUCAGUGACACAUCUAUCUUCAACCAGACGUGGACAGCCAACAGUUUUUGGUUGAUGCCUGCUUUCAUGUUAAAGAAGAUCGUUCUGGGGAACUUUGCAAAAGGACCUGUAGACCCAAGAAUGGCAGAUGCAAUUGAUUUCAUGGUAGAUCGGCUGGAGAGCCUGAACCAGAGUGAACUGGCUUCCCGACUGACGCUGAAUUGUCAAAAUUCCUACGUGGAACCACACAAAAUAAAGGACAUCGCAGUGACCAUUAUUGAUGUGUUUGAUCAGAGUGCUCUUUCAAACGAAGCAAAAGAGGAAAUGUACAAGCUGUAUCCAAAUGCCAGAAGAGCUCACCUAAAAACAGGUGGAAACUUUCCCUACCUUUGCAGAAGUGCCGAGGUCAACCUUUACAUACAGAUUCACCUGCGCCAAUUCCACGGGACGAGGUACGCGGCCAUCAACCCCGCCAUGGUGAGCGCCGAGGAGCUAGAGGUGCACAAGGCCAGCCUGGCCAACAACAUGGGCAGCGACGACGACCAAUAGGAGCGCGGCUCCGUGUCCUCUCCCAGCGCUGACGGACGCACAGCGAUGGCGGGACAUCUCCCCCCUCCACGCGCUACCAGCAGAACUCACAGAACAUCCAACGAGGAUCUGAACACUGUGGAUCAUUAGAAUGUUGACCUUCCAAAUGGGGAUCUCCCUCUGAUCUCGAGUUGGUUUGUUUUUUCAUUUUUACUUUUUUCCUAAGAUGUUGAAAACAGCCAAUCAACACCAGAACUACAAACAGGAGCCUAUUUUUAGUAAAUAAUGAAAAUUAGCUACCCGGCUUUGUAAAAAAAAAAAAAAAAAA